AUGGCUCUCCAGACGCCGCAUGCCGAGGAAAAGCUCCCGCUACACAAACGCGCCGAGUCUACGCCUCAUGCGCUACCCAGGCAGCACGGCCUUCGAAAACAUUACUUCGUAAGGCGAGUCAUUCCAGCCAUCCUGACGAUACUGGUGAUCUUCUCCCUGUUCCGCACUACGUUCGUCUGCCAUCACCACUAUAACCCAACCUUGUCCCGAACGUCCUCAAAUGUCGCGGACAAUGAGCCCUCGGGAAACAAAGUCCCUCUGGAAAUACAUGUCAUGUCCAAAUGUCCAGACGCUCGGGAUUGCCUGCGCCAGCUGAUUGUGCCGACCAUGAUCCAAGUGAAUGAAAAGGUCAAUUUCACAAUGUCAUUUAUAGGAAGCAUCGAUCCCGACUCCGACGCGGUUUCAUGUAAACAUGGACCGGGCGAAUGCUUAGGCAACAUCAUUCUCCUCUGCGCAGCUAAAGUCUAUCCCGAAGUCAAACUCUGGCUCGGAUUUGCCAACUGCAUGAUCUCCGAAUUUCCAGACAUCCCAAAGCGAGACCUGGUCCAGAGCUGUGCCAUGGAACACGGUCUUGACUUCCAGCAGCUCAAUUCAUGCAUCAGUGACGAAGGAGAAGGAAUCGAUCUGCUUCGAGCCAGCAUCGAGAGGAGCCAGGAGAACAAUGUGACAAAGAGUUGCACAGUUAGGCUGGCAGAAAAGGUUCGGUGCAUCCGUGACGGAGGGAAAUGGUAUGAUUGUCCAGGAGGCAGUUCUGUGAACGCUCUUGUUCGUGAUAUCAACAAGUUGUAUGGCUAG